AUGUGGGAAAUUUGUAAGAAUCGAUCGGCUUCGGAGCAAGAAGUGGACAGAACCAUUCAAUACAUUAGAGAUACCAUUCUUGAACUUCAAAAGUUGGAAACCAAGCAAUCGGAAAUUAUUUCUGUUGGAGGAGUGUCCGCUCAAGUGAGAAGAAGUCCUUUGGGCGUUGUUUUGUGUGUGGCACCAUUUAAUUAUCCAUUCAAUGAGACAUACACAACAUUGAUUCCUGCCUUAAUUAUGGGUAACGUGGUCAUUUUAAAGACACCAAGAACGGGUGGUUUGUGCCAUUAUCCAACCUUGGAAUUGUUUAAGGAAUGUUUCCCAGCUGGUGUUGUCAAUGUCAUUCACGGCUCAGGCAGAGAAACUCUUCCAGCCAUGAUGAAAACAGGUUUGAUUGAUGUUUUGGCAUUUAUUGGAACUCACAAUGCUGCCAACUCACUCAUCAAUUCCCAUCCAAAUCUCUUCAAAUUGAGAAAUGUGUUGGGAUUAGAUGCCAAAAAUGCUGCCUUUGUGUUACCUGAAGCUGAUAUUGAUGUUGCUGUCGCUGAAUGUGCAUUGGGAGCUUAUUCUUUCAAUGGUCAAAGAUGUACUGCCCUUAAGGUUUUGUUUGUUCACGAAUCCAUUGUCGAUGAAUUUGUUGCAAAAUUCUCAAAGGCCAUUGAUAACUUGAAGAUGGGAUAUCCAUGGGAGUCUGGAGUGAGUAUUACUCCAUUGGCAGAACCUCAAAAGCCAUCAGUCUUGAGAGAUCUCAUUAAGGAUGCUGUUGAAAAGGGAGCAAAAAUUGUGAAUGAAAGAGGAAUUCAAUUUUCACAAGAUCAGGAAACUAAUCUUGAGAAGCGUAUUGAUAGAGGAUGUUCGGCCUUGUUCGCACCUACUGCUCUUUAUCCUGUCACUGCAGAUAUGAAGGUGUAUCAUGAAGAACAAUUUGGUCCAAUUACACCAAUUGUGAAAUAUUCUACAGUGCAAGAACUUGAAGAUUACAUCACACAAACUUCCUUUGGUCAACAAGCUUCUGUAUUUAUUAAGACAGAGUCUGGAGUUGCAGUGAAUUCUGAAUACUUUGUUCCUUUGGUGGAUUUAUUGACUCAUCAUGUCAGUCGUAUUAAUAUUAAUUGUCAAUGCGUAAAACGAGGUCCAGAUUCAUAUCCAUUUACAGGACGUAAGAACAGUGCUGUGGGUACAUUAUCUGUGUACGACGCUUUAAGAGCCAUGUCCAUUAGAGCUCUUGUUGCCACCAAAGAAAGCGGAAAGAAUGUUCAAAUGUUGCAAGAAAUUAGAGAAUCAGGAAAAUCACAAUUUAUUAGAGAGUUCCCAAGCAAAAAGUAA